AUGGCGCUGACAGUGCCCGUAUACAAUUCCUCCACCCCUCGGGGCGGCGAUCCCACAAAGGUCGACGUGAACGCCCAAUAUGAAGGAUUCGAGUGGAAUUAUGUUUAUAUUGUGUUUUGCGGCUUCAUUGUCUGGUUGAUCAUCCCAGGAAUCGGUCUAUUAUACAGUGGCCUUGCGCGAAGAAAGUCUGCGCUGACGUUAUUGUUCCAGUCGCUUAUGAUUGUCACAGUAACAACCUUCCAAUGGAUUUUCUGGGGAUAUUCUCUGGCGUAUGCGCGUGAUGCAGGUCCUUUCAUUGGAACAUUGACCAAUUUUGGAUUGAGAGGAGUGAUGGCUGCCCCGUCACCAGGAUCAGCUGUCCUGCCUGAGAUCGUCUUUGUUCUGUACCAGCUUCUUUUCUGUGCCUGCACCGUGAUGAUUGUUGUCGGGGGAGCAUUUGAGCGAGGAAACAUGAUUCCUUCGUUGAUUUUCAGCUUCUGUUGGGCCACAGUUGUGUAUUGCCCGAUUGCCUGCUGGACCUGGAACAGUAACGGUUGGUUGUACAAUUUGCCUUCAUUGGAUUUUGCGGGCGGCGGGCCGGUCCAUAUUGCGUCGGGCUGGUCAGCCCUUGCCUACGCGUUGGUCUUGGGCAAACGCAAGCAUCUCGAUGAGCCCUCACAUGCAAAGCCUCACAACACCACCCUUGUAUUUCUUGGUACGACAUUGAUCUGGUUUGGAUGGUUUGGCUUCAAUGGUGGUUCCGCCCUUAAUGCUAGCGUAAGAGCGAUGUUAGCCGCCUUCAACACCAACACAGCCGCGUGCACGGGAAUACUGGGUUGGGUUCUAGUGGACUGGAUUAAGACUCGCGGCAAAUUCUCUGUUGUGGGAUCGUGCGAGGGAGCCAUCGCGGGACUCGUUGGGAUUACACCGGCAGCCGGAUUCGUCUCCGUAUGGCUGGCCGCAUGUAUAGGGUUCAUUACAAGCAUUGUGUGUGCGUUGCUUCAAGACAUAAACGUCUGGAUGCACAUCGAUGAAGGGAUGGAUGUAUUCAAGCUACAUGGCAUCGGAGGGAUGGUCGGUGCCUUUCUGACAGGAAUUUUUGCGUCGAGCUCGGUCGCUGCAUUGGAUGGCUCAACGGAAGCCAGUGGUGGUAUCGAUGGCAACGGGUUGCAGGUCGGGAAACAAUUGGCGGAGGUUUGCGCAAUCAGUGUUCAUUCGUUCACCGUAUCAUGCAUCCUGCUCUACAUCCUGCAAUGGAUCCCGGGUAUGCAGCUGCGGGUUCAUGAAGAGGCGGAGAUGAUUGGAUUGGAUCGAGCGCAGUUUGUGGACGAACAGAUCGGCGAGCGAGUUAUUUUAGCCGAUCUAUUUGCAUCAUCACCGGGCAACGCCAGUGUGGUGAAUGAGGCCCCUGGGGUUUUGAUCGGAACCAAGGAUUUUUAG